AUGACUCCUCCAACAUCAGUCAAGCUUUCUGGCAAAGUAAGAUAUGCUGGCGUCAACAUUGCUGGCUUUGACUUCGGCUGCUUACAGGAUGGUUCGUGUCCUGUGAAGAGUUGUACAGAUCCAGGAGAAGAGGGAGCAUACCAGAUGCAGCAUUUUGUACAAAAACAAGGACUUAACACAUUUCGAUUGCCUGUUGCCUGGCAAUAUCUCGUCAAUGCAAAACUUGGUGGAGAGCUCGACAGCAUAAAUUUUGCAAAGUAUGACAAGCUAGUCCAGUCAUGCCUGCAAGUUGCAGAGCUCUGUAUAAUCAGCAUACACAACUACGGAAGAUGGAAUGGCAGCGUCAUUGGUCAGAGCAGUGGCGUUGUCACAAAUGCCGACUUCAACUCGCUCUGGUCUCAGCUGGCUACAAAAUAUGCCAAUGAGCCCAAAGUGGCAUUUGGUCUAAUGAACGAGCCGCACAAACUAUGUAUCACCGAUUGGGCAGCGACGAUUCAGGAUGCAGUCACGACCAUCCGCAAGACUGGCGCGACGCAAAACCUUAUCCUUCUGCCUGGAAUUAAUCACUCGUCAGCCGGAGCAUUUCUGUACGAUGGUUCGGCCACUGAACUCAGCACGGUGGUCAACCUUGAUAAAUCGACCAAAAACCUCAUCUUCGACGUCCACAUCUAUCUCGACAAAGAUGGGACUGGUAAGCACAGCGAGUGUACCACAAGUAACGCUUUGGUCUUCACUCGUCUAGCUACCUGGUUGCGAAAAGAAGGUCGACAGGCGUUCUUGAGUGAGACGGGCGGAGGGAACACCAAUUCUUGUGUCAAGUAUAUGCGUGAACAGCUCCAGGUCCUGAUGAACAAUUCAGACGUUUACCUCGGUUGGACUGGCUGGGCUGCUGGUAAAUUCUCGACGAGCUAUGUUCUGAGCGAGACGCCAUUUGGGAAAGCUGGAAACUAUGUCGAUCAAUUAUUGGUCAAGGAAGCAAUUGCCGGAGUUUUUAACUCUGUUUGA